AUGCUUGUUGGUGUGAGAAGGAACAUGAACCACGGCCAGUACCAGGAGUGCCACCCCAUUCGUGCGGCCAGAGCUGCGCUAAACCGAGAAUACUACCACGAAAGUGCGAUCAUCCAUGUGACGGCAAAGACGUGGGAUUCCUGGACUCCUGGGUAG